AUGAAUAAAAUUGAAGUUUUAAAACAAGGCAAUCAAGUAACCAACUAAUUAAGAGAUGAAUUAGUCAAUCUCUUUUCUAUGACUGAUACAGAAGAUCCAUAUCUUUUAAGCAAAAGAGCUGAAACUAUUAAGUCAGAGAUUGAGUAACGAUUUAGUAAAUUUAACGAUCUAUCUAGAGUAUCGAUGGAAUAUCAUUCUUUUUAAAAAUGAUGCUCAAUUUGAAUUUUCUUUUGUUUUUUCAGAAGAGUUUACUCUUGAACUAAAAUCAGAAGAGUAUGGCUUGUUGGCUUACAUUAUACCAGAUUAACCAUUAACUUAAUAUGAACCAAGAAGAGAUUUUGGUGUAAGAAAGCCAUAUUACAAAGAUGUAAUAGAUAAAUAAUAGUAUGAAACUAAUAAGUAAAUUGAUAUAUAAUUCAAUAGUUCGGUAAUUAGUUAUCCUGGUAUCAGAUAUUAUCCUACAUAUUAUCCUUGAA